GUCCAUUUUAUGUGUACGAAGCAUCGAAGUGGCGAUGUACGAACUGACGAUAAGCCGUCAAGACGCCCUGUCACCUUUACCGUCCCGGUCAAGUGUUAUAUCAUGUUACUGCAAUGGGUAACAAGAUAUUCAUCCUUGCACUAGUGGUCGCUCUAGCUGCGACCCUAAUUAAUAUCCAUCUGAAGAAGAAGGGGGAGGCAAGGUACAUAUUCCAUGCUGAAUGGUAUGAUCCAGUCUCGGCAACUGUCAAAAAGUUCCAGUUGAGUUUCUUUCCAAGAGAUAAAUCGGUAGAAAUGUACGAUCUUCGGGCACAACGACUAUUCUUAAAACGGCUCCCAGUUGAAGGUGUGGAGGAGAGAGACUUAUACCUGGGCAAUACUAUUGUCGUUCUUUCUCGGCAAUUGAAGCUCAUUGAUUAUGCAGAUGCAACCACACGUGAACAAAUCGGUUCCAGAAGACAGAGAACGUUUGCAAUGGUGAAACCUGAUGCUGUGCAUAGGCUGGGGGAAGUCGUAGAUGUCAUUCAAAGCCAUAACUUUGAAAUUAGUCAAAUGAAAAUGGUUCAGCUUGACAAGAGUCAGGCAGCCGCUUUCUAUCGAGAACAUGAAGGUCGGCCAUUCUUCACGCCUCUUUUGGACUAUAUCACAAGUGGUCCAGUUGUUGCAAUGGAGCUGAUAACAACAGAUGCUGUCAAAAGAUGGCGGGAGUUGUUGGGACCCACUGAUGCCGAGGCAGCAAGACAAGAUGCACCAGAAACAGUUCGAGCAAGAUUUGGCCAAGACAAGCAAUCAAAUGCGGCACAUGGCUCUGAUUCAGAUAUAUCGGCAACAAGGGAAAUUGAGUUCUUCUUUCCUUCAACAAGAGUGAGCGAUGUGAUGGUGCCUCAGACCACUGCCAGCUUUGCAAAUAGCACUUGCUGCAUCAUUAAACCUCAUGCUAUUGCUAAUGGUAACAUGGGAGACAUCAUGAAGGCAAUAAAAGACGAAGGAUUUGAAAUAUCUGCGCUCCAGAUGUUCCGUAUGGAUAAAGUUCAAGCUGAGGAGUUUCUAGAGGUGUACAAAGGAGUUGUUCCUGAGUAUCCUGGAAUGAUACAGCAGCUUGUAUCGGGCCCAUCACUGGCUAUGGAAAUAACAAGUAUACAUGGAGCUGACACUCCAACCAAGUUCAGAGAAUUUGUUGGACCAUCUGAUCCCGUUGUGGCCAGAGAAUUGCGACCCCAUAGUUUGAGAGCGCGGUUUGGAGAGGACAAAGUAAAGAAUGCAGUGCACUGUUCAGACCUACCAGAGGACGGCCCACUUGAGGUUGAAUAUUUUUUCAAGAUUCUUCAGUGACCGGCCUAUUUUUGUGUUGUAAAUUUUGUAUUAAAAUGAUAAUUUAUUUAUCGUUAGUUUUGGCAUUUUGGUAUAUGAACUUCCUUAAAAUUUGUCCGAGGCUGUGUUACAACAUAACUGUAAGCUCUUAUGUUUUUUAUAUUUUAUUUACAUAUUGAAAUGAGAUUCUUGUCUUAUAAAAGAAUUUUUCUUUUCCCAUCUGCCAGUAUUCCUCUUUCUUGAGAAACAAGAUUUGUGUGUUGUUAUUGUGGAAUAAAUUAGCUCUUGCUUCUACAUGACCAA